GGCUCGGUCCCCGCCGCGGGCCCCCGCGCUGCGCGCCGGCACAGUGCCCGGCACAUGGAGGCUCCGGACGCCACCCCGGGCCGCGGGCCGCGCUGCCGGCUGCUGUCCGACCUCCGGGAGGAGCUGCCGGCGCUGCUGGUCCUGGCGGGUCCCUCGUUCCUGGCCCAGCUGAUGGUGUUCCUGAUCAGUUUCAUAAGCUCCGUGUUCUGUGGCCACCUUGGCAAGCUGGAACUGGAUGCUGUCACACUCGCCAUCGCGAUUAUCAAUGUUACUGGUAUUUCAGUGGGAUUUGGCUUAUCUUCUGCUUGCGACACCCUCAUCUCCCAGACCUACGGGAGCCAGAACCUGAAGCACGUGGGCGUCAUCUUGCAGCGGAGCAUGCUGGUCCUGCUGCUCUGCUGCUUCCCCUGCUGGGCGCUCUUCCUCAACACCCAGCACCUACUGCUCCUCUUCAGGCAGGACCCGGCCGUGUCCAGGCUCACUCAGACCUAUGUCACGAUCUUCAUUCCAGCGCUUCCUGCAACCUUUCUGUAUACGUUACAAGUUAAAUACCUGCUCAACCAGGGAAUCGUCCUGCCCCAGGUCAUAACUGGAGUCGCUGCCAACAUUGUCAAUGCCCUCGCCAACUAUCUGUUUCUCUAUCAACUGCACCUUGGGGUGAUGGGUUCUGCACUGGCAAAUACCAUCUCCCAGUUCACCCUGGCUAUCCUCCUCUUCCUCUACAUCCUUGCAAGAAAGCUGCAUCAAGCUACCUGGGGAGGGUGGUCCCUCGAGUGCCUGCAGGACUGGGCCUCCUUCCUGCACCUGGCCAUCCCUGGCAUGCUCAUGCUGUGCAUCGAGUGGUGGGCCUACGAGAUUGGAAGCUUCCUGAGCGGUCUGUAUGAGGACGGACAGCAACACGGCUGGUGGGAACGUGGGGCCCUGUCUGAAAGCAAGGCGUGCUCUGUCUCUCUUCCCCAGGUCCCCACGGGCUUCAGCGUGGCUGCGGGUGUCCGCGUGGGAAACGCGCUGGGUGCGGGGAACAUCGAGCAGGCAAGGAAGUCCUCCGUGGUGGCCCUGCUGGUCACAGAGCUCUUUGCCGUGGCCAUCUGUGUCCUGCUGUUGAGCUGUAAGGACUUUGUGGCGUACAUUUUCACUACGGACCGAGACAUCAUCACUCUGGUGGCUCAGGUGAUUCCCAUCUAUGCUGUAUCCCACCUCUUCGAAAGUCUUGCUUGCACGAGCAGUGGCAUUCUGAGGGGAACUGGGAAUCAGAAGGUUGGAGCCAUCGUUAAUGCCAUUGGGUAUUAUGUGGUCGGUCUCCCCAUCGGGAUCGCGCUGAUGUUUGCUACCAAGCUUGGAGUGAUUGGUCUGUGGUCAGGGAUCAUCAUCUGUAUAAUCUCUCAAGCCGUGUGUUUUCUUGGCUUUAUUGCUCGGCUGAACUGGACAAAAGCCUGUGAAAAGGCUCAAAUACAUGCCAAUUUGAAAGUAAAUAGGACCCAGAAUGGGAGUUCUGCUCUCCCUCAGGACGCCCUUCGCACAGUGGGCCCUGAAAACCGUGGAGGCAUUUUAAUGAGAGAUGCUGGAGAAAAGGACAAGGCUCAGGUGGAUCAGCAGAUGUGCCAGGACGAGGCGUCGCAGGUCCACCUGGAGGGCAGCGCUCAGUUGUCCGGGAAGCAGCUGCUGCUGCGGCGAGGGCUCCUGUUUCUAGGGGUCGCUUUCAUCUUGCUGGUGGGGAUCUUAGUGAGAUUAUACGUCCCAGUUCAGUGAUGUGGUGACACGAGAGUCAGGUCAGGUGAUACUUUUGAGAUUACAAAUAAUUCAGAGGCCCAGCAGCGGCAGUUCAUCCUCAGCUAAUGACACUCAGCCGUGCCCAUGGAGUUCAAGAACUGGGAGUUCAAAGAUAACAUUUUUCUAAUGGAGAAAAGGAACUAAAGUAAACACUGUAUUCUGGUCCAAGACAAUGUCUGAGAGAGGACAUCUGAGUAAUAACUCAUCAGCCACUGUCUCAGCCAAGGACCACUGUGUGCCGACUGCAUUGAUAGAUGGCUUGGAUUGAGCUUCUGCCUACUGUGUUCUGGACACAAACCCAUAUACUCAGUGCUCAAGGAUUCUUACUGUUUGAAUUAUUUAAAAUAUAUUU